ACAUAAAAUAGGAAAAAGAGGAAAACAUGGUUGUUUGUAUUCUAUCAUGUCUUUCGUUCCCCCAUUAAUCUCUCUCAACGCCAAACCUCUAAUCUAGGACUAUCUAAAAUCUAAAUUCCCCCUUCCCUUCAUAAACUUGACAAAUCCAACCACACACAAAAAAAAAAAAAAAAAAGAAAGAAAAAGAAAAAGAAAAAGAAAACAAAUAACGGACCCACAACAUUUUCCCGUUCUCCAAUCUUCCCGAGUCCGUUGCAAUGUCCGCCUCAGUUCCGGCCGCCCUCCCUAUCUCCGGUACACAACCCGACGAAACCCAGCCACCCGUCGCCAUCUCUGCAUUUCGCGCUUUCCUUUCCCGCCUUAAUGAUUCCCUCCGCAACAGCCUCUCAGAGCGCCGUCCUUGGCCUGAACUUGCUGACCGUUCCACCUUCUCCAAGCCGGAAUCUUUCUCCGAUGCUACCCUCCGUAUCCGCAAAAAUUACUCUUAUUUCCGAGUCAAUUAUCUGAUGGUCAUUGGUGUCACCCUUGCAUUUUCGCUUAUUUUCCACCCAUUCUCCCUUCUCCUCCUUCUAGGGCUUCUCUUCUCUUGGAUCUUCCUUUACCUCUUCCGUCCUGCCGAUCAACCUCUUAUCAUCUUCGGUCGCACCUUUUCGGACCGUGAGACCCUUGGGAUCCUUGUCAUCUUCAGUAUCUUUGUGAUUUUCCUGACCUCUGUUGGAUCUCUUAUCAUUUCCGCUAUUAUGCUUGGGUUUGGUCUUGUUUGUGCUCAUGGUGCCUUUAAAGCUCCCGAUGAUCUGUUCUUGGAUGACCAAGAACCAGCAGCCACCGGUUUCUUGUCCUUCAUUGGUGGCGCCGCCUCUAAUGCCGUUGCCGCCACUGUUCCUACUAUUUCUAACACUCGUAUAUGAACCUUAUUCAAUGAUCAACAUAUCUAAAUCUUGUUCACAAAGAUAAUACAUUAUCGCUUCAUUUGUAAUUGAUUUUCAGUUCUUUCUAGAUAACAAUUUCACCGUUUUAGCCAUCAUUUUUCCGAAGGGUGGGCGUUUGGUACUCGCACUGUAAUUUUCUAUUUAUUUUAUAAACAGCUUGUGGCGUUUCUUUUUAUAA